CUCUGAGUUCUGAAAGAGAAAAGCGUGAGAAAUUUCAUACAGAAAGAAAAGUUUUGUAUUGGCGCGUGAAAAGUGCACACUUCGUCAAUUAUUUGGCAAAUUUUUUAAUAAUUUGCAACAUAUAAAUUGUAAAAUAGUCAUACAAAUAAAAUUUGCUUUCGAGUUGUCCGUGUGCAUUAAAUGAACGGUGGAAAAAAAGUUGGAAACGCACGGUCUGUUGCUUUUAAAAUUUGGUGCAUGAAGUGUUUGUGAUUUUUCAACCGCGCCGUCACCGUCGACCAAAUUAUUGCUUGAAGCCUCUCUGUUGCUAGCAAGAAACAAAACGAAAAAGUCGCUUCAGUACGCUUCUCAACUUUUAUAAGCCAUUGGAAGAUGCCUAUUUGUAAAAGAGAUGGAUUUGAUAAUAUGCCAUCCCGUAAUCGGGAUGAAAGAUUCCAGGACAACGACGAGGUGUUCUUUUGUGAAGUUACAAAGGAAAUUUUUCGCGAUUAUGAGGAUUAUUUCCGACAUGUAAUGGUAAUAAAUUCCACGGUUUGGCAAUGUGAGGCCACUGGCCGCGAUAAUCUCACAUAUGCAGAGGCAUUGAGAAGCGAACGUCGGGCACGCAAGAAAAUGGAACUUUUUAAAAAUUGUCUCAGAGCGCCAGUUAUGCUAGUUAUAGAAAAUUCGAAGCAAUCAUCUCUAAAUACAUUAAGUGUAAUUAUAUGUAAAUUUCUUCGGAAGCGUUAUUUCAUAAAUGAAGAAGUAACCGCUUGUCACAAGUCUUCUACUUACAACGCAUACACCGUUUUAAGUAUUGUGCCGCCUAAUAAAACACCACCAGCUAAUGGGGUAUAUGAAGAAACUGAGAAGCUCCAAUACAAAUUGCGACGAAAAGGUCAAAACGACGAUGAAGUAAUUAUACCAUUUGAGAAUAUACGCCGGCAGCGCCAAGAAUUCACUACUGAGAAUUUACAGAUGUUUGUGAAAGAUAAUGUAACACGUGUAGAUGGCAUAUUACGGCCAAAACCAGAAUCUUACAAAAAAUAUGUGACAGAUCCAAAUAUCACUUUUGAGAAAAUAUUUAUUGGGAAAAUGCCACAUUUUACGCCAGCAAAAAUCAAACGCCCUUCUCAAGAUACUAAUAGCAAGAAACAAUCAACAUUGAAUAAAUAUUUCACUAAGGAUGGAGAGGAUACAAACGAAAAAAAUGUGAAAAAUGGUUCAAAGAUGCAUACUUUAGAAGCUGUUAAACAGAAAAAUGAAGAAGCAAAAAUUGCUGAGAAGCUGAAGCGCAUAGCUGAACUAGAACGACAAAAAGCGGAGAAACGCACUAAAUUAAUGGAACGUGUGGAAGCAGAAUGUACUGCAUUGCUUACCAAGACUGACGAUUUGGAGCGCACAGACCAGCGAUUACUGCCUUUAUAUAAAGUCGUUAAAACUUAUAUUCCGAUUAAGCUAAUAGGCGAUGCCUUCAUGGUUCGUGAGUUUAUGCAUUCUUUCCCAACCAUAUUAUCGGGAAUUGAAGUGUUUCGGGGCAAUUUGAGCUUUUACGACAUGUCUCGCGCCUUUAGUGUACGUGAAGUGGCUGGACCAUUAUCCGAUAUUAUUCUGAUAUUCUUGGGAACAGUUUUUGAUAUGCAAAAGGAAGAGGAAGAUGAGUGUAGCGUCGAAUAUUUGCGACUACGUAAAGAGUUGCGAAAACGUGAACCACUUAUAACAAUGGGUGAGGCAGCACGUCCACAUUUUUAUGCCAAACGUCAUUUUUCCUUUAAAAUUAAUGAACUGCCAAUCGAUUCGUUAACUCUAAGUGAAGUUUUGCGUUUGCAUUUGCUUUCAUCGGGAGCUAUGGUAAAGGAACGUGCAGAAAAAUGGCGUAUAAAGUAUCGAAACGGUUAUUCAUCCUCGGAGGACCCGGGACUUACGCUUCGUAUGCGACAUCCACACAUUUUGCGUGCUCUUAAGAUGUACUCUGUUUUUCAGUUACCUUUUCUGGACAUUAUGCGUAUUGUGCGAUGUCUUAUGGCACAAAUAUUGACCUAUUCAAAUCCAAUUAAUUUAAUUGAAGAACGUAUGGAGCAGAUGGCAAACAAUAGAGUAGAGCUACGUGUAUUAGCGACCACGGAAAAUAUACGUGUGGCAAAUAUUCAAACGCAAAAGCGUACUUUUACCAAUGAAUUUCACCAACAAUGCUUGGACGAUAACGUAAAAACUAACGAGGAAAAGAGGAAGCAACUUGAAGAUAAAUUUAAUAAAAAAAUUGCAGAGUUAAUGGCGCAAUCUGAUCGCGAGCAUCGUAAGUACGAGCAGCAGGUGGAAGGUUUUAAUUCGUCUUUAUUUAAUUUUCUUGUUUACCUUGGAAUGGAUCGAGCAUAUCGUAAAUAUUAUGUAUUAGAAUCUAUGCCUGGAAUCUUCGUUGAGCACACUCCCGAGUCUUUAGACACUUGUCUCAGUGAGCCACCCAAAAAUUCGUUGACGGAAAAUUCGUUACUUUUAAAUUUUGAAACCUUACCGAAAAAUCGCAAAGAUUUACGUGCUUAUUUAUUGAAAAUGUAUACCAAUGAAGAUAAACAAGCGGCCAAAGCUGAAAAAGAAGCUAAAGUGGCUAAAAACACUGGAACUUCAACGGCCCUGCAGCAAAAUAAGGAGGAUAAAGAAAAUCAUUUGGUAAAUGGCAUUACCAAUGGUAAAGAUGUUAUUGAAGAAAAUGAAAUUACUGCAAAGAGUAAUGAAAACACAAAUGAAACUGUGUCCCAGACACCGCCGUCACAAUAUCAGCUAUAUAUGUGUACGGGCGAGCCGAGAAAUUGUAUAGUUCACGAUGAACGUAAUGCCGACAGACAGAGAUGGUCGUACAUAUAUGAAAAAGAAGAUAUUGAUGCACUCAUAGCAGCAUUGAAUCCAUUAGGAGAACGUGAAUCUCAACUUAAGGAGCAAUUAACGAUUUUGCGACAACUUAUAGUGAAUCACUGCAGAAAAUGUCCCGAAGAUUUGCUAACACUUGAGGAUAGCAAAGCUUUGAGUAAAUUUAAGAAUGUAAUGAUGUCGGAAACAUACCGCAAAUAUUCAAAAUCGAACUUUGGUUUUACUGUGGACGCAGAUCUUAACGAAGUUUUGCAAGCGGCGCUCAUUGAUCGCAUAAUUCAGUUCGAGAGUGACAUUUAUACCGGUGAUCUAGGUCGAUUAAAAGUAAAGGACAUGGGAAAAUGGCGUGAAGAUCUCCAAAGUAACAAAUAUGAUGCACAAGUUAAGCUACAAUGGGGUCCGAAUACACAAAAAUUUGCCACAAAUGGAGGGGAAGAAGAUGAGAUUCUUGAAGAUGACUUUGAAGACGAUGACACAGAUGUAAAAGAUGGUGGACAAUUUGCCAAUAAACCAUACAGAGAUCCAGGCGAUGGACUUGGUGAUACUAUCGAAAUUGAUUCGGAAGACAGUGCGGACGAGCUAAUUUCUUUACACGAUUCAAGCACAAUAAGAACUAGUGUACGAAAUUGUGCGUCUGCACUAUUGCAAGUGGAGCAGGCAAUUGAGCGUCGUUUUAUUAAAGAGCCAUUCGGAACGCCAAUAAAUAAUAUGAAAGAUAAAGAUGCUUUUGAACGAAAAGUAAAAUGUGGAGCAGCUCGACUAAAACAAUGGGAGGUAUCUUUAAUGGAGAGUACAAGUUUUUCUCAGGUGUUUCUUCAUUUGAAUGUACUGCACGAUUGCAUUUUGUGGGCUCGAUCCACAAACAAAUCUCUCUGCCAGGUGUGUCGUCGUGGUAGUGAUCCGGAUAAGAUGUUGCUGUGUGACGAAUGUAAUGGUGGUACGCACAUGUUCUGUAUGAAACCUAAGAUGAAGACAGUGCCAGAGGGUAAUUGGUAUUGUGCACGCUGCAUCAAACGUUUAGGACUACGCAAUGAAAAUGAAGAUAAAAAUAAGAAAUCAGCGUCUCAAAGACGCAAGCGCACAUUCACUGUUGAUGAUAUUGCUGAAGAUGGGUUGGCCAAUGGAACUAAAGAUAGUGAACGUGCCCGUAGUAGUGGACGUCGCAGUAAUAAACGUUUACAAUCGAAUGAAAUCGAAGAGAAGUUGGAAGAUGACGACGACGAAGUAGACGCCAGUGAUGGAGAUGGCGGUGUCGAUUCAGACGGUGAUGGUGAAAAUGAGAAUUUAGAUGACGACGAAAUGGGUAGCGGAAAAGACGAAGAUAUUGAUGAAGAUGAGGCUGAUAGUAAGAAAAAGUCGGUGGAUGGUUCAGAUGAGGAAGAUGAUGAAAAUGUUUGCGUUGUGUGCUCCUACGAUGGAAGUGAUUUAAUGUGUAUACGUUGUAGAGAAACGUUUCACUUAGAGUGCAUCAAUAUGAAGAGAGCACCGCGUUAUAAUUUCAUAUGCUCAAAAUGUAAAACCACAAACGGAACUGAAAAAAGAUCCCCGAAAAGUGGGAAAACGAAUGGCAAACAUUCACUGAAUUCCUCAGAUGAUGAUGACGAUGAUGACUCCGAACCACUCGUAAAGCGCAAACGAUCAUCACGUUCAUCUUUACGCAACUCCGGUUAUCAACAACCGUCACAGAAUGGUCAGGGUAGUCCACGUGAAGUUGCUAAAUCGUCGUCACAACGUCGUUCGAUACGUCGUACCGGUGAUCAUUUACCAUUAAAUAGCGCCGCAUUGUACCAGCUACUCGACGAUGUGAUGAAACACGAAGAUGCUUGGCCAUUUACACGUCCUGUGUCACACGCCGAAGUGCCGGACUAUCAUAAGAUUAUUAAAACGCCAAUGGAUUUGGCUAAAGUAAAGUCAAAACUUAAUAUGGGUUCUUAUCAGCUGAAUGAGGAAGUAAUGAAGGACAUACAGCUUAUUUUCCGAAAUUGUGACGAAUACAAUGUUAAAGGAAACGAAAUUUAUACUGCGGGUUCUACGUUGGAGAAAUAUGUUAUUGAACAAUGCAAACGACUUAAUUUGCCAUUCAAACCGAGCGAUAUGAAUACUUCGUAAUAGCUAUGAGAUAUGGCAUGGGUACUUUAGAGUUGCAUCACCACUACUCAUAGUGCUAAAUUAGAGUGACAUUAUUAAAUACUUUUAGCAUUAUUUAGUUUUUUUUGUUGUAAAUUCAAUUUCAAUCACAAUGCUGCAGUUUAAUUGGUAGGCAUUCUGAACUUAUUUAUCCAUGUAAACGUAUAUUUUGAAAGUAUUUCGUAUUUUGUAUAAUAUAUUUUGGAUGGAGUCCAUGCACACUGUUAUCUAUUACUGCUAUUAUAUACCAAACUAUUGUUUUUAAUCACGCUUGCUACUAUUUUAUCCCAUUUUCCUCUUCAUUAUGACAUGAAAUUUUAAGUAAAUACAUUUAUAGCUUCUAAACUCCAAAUGGGGAGUAAUCGGA